UCCGUCUCCCAGCCCAGCUGCGCUCCUUUUGAUCAUUCACAUUUCCUCCAAAUGCAUGUUGUCUUUAAUUAAUUGAGUGUCUCGCGGAAAGCGAGGUGGGGGAGACGGGCAGAGAACAGCUAUAGCUACACAAUUAAAAUACAAACCAAGUCUGCUGAGUUUACUGAAUGCAAGUGCUGAAGUGACUAAUAAGCUUUUUUUACAGUUAAUGUUUUGCUCUGAGAACAGACUGGGGAGCAGAGAUGGAGGGCCUGAAUUUCGAGGAUGAGAAUUCCAAGAGGUACUGCAUGAAGACAAAGCAUGUGGCCGUCAUCUGUGGCGUCGUGGUCGUUGUAGGUCUUGCUGUGGGGCUUGGCGUGGGAUUGAGCAGACCUAAACCUCAGCAAGCUUCAGGAGAAACAGAGCAGCCAACAAAACCGCCUCCCCCAGUGGAUUUGGGUCCCUGUCCUUCUAAAAAUGAUGGGAGUGGAGACUGGAGACAUUUUAGGCUACCCACUUAUGUCAAGCCUGUCCACUAUGAUCUGGAAAUGAAGCCUGAAAUGGCGACAGAUAUUUACACUGGGACAGUCAAUAUUUCUAUUGCAUUGGAAAAAUCUACCAGCUACCUGUGGCUCCACCUGCGAGAGACCAAGAUUACAGAAAUGCCCACACUCCGGAAAUCCUCAGGACAGCAGAUUGCUCUGAACGACUGCUUUGAGUACAAGCCGCAAGAGUACAUAGUGAUGAAGGCAGAAGCACAGCUCUCUGUCACUGAUGAAAAAGAUCCCUAUAUACUCACCCUGAAGUUUCAAGGCUGGCUGAAUGGUUCCCUGGUUGGGUUUUAUAGGACCACCUACACUGAGAACGGACAGACCAAGAGCAUUGCAGCUACUGAUCAUGAGCCAACAGACGCACGGAAAUCAUUCCCUUGCUUUGACGAGCCCAACAAAAAAGCAACUUACAACAUAUCUAUCAUCCAUCAAGAUGAGUACCAAGCACUUUCAAACAUGCCAGUACAGCAAACUUCAAAGCUGGGUGGUGGCUGGAAUCGGACAACUUUUGAGAAGUCAGUUCCCAUGAGCACUUACUUGGUAUGCUUUGCGGUGCACCAGUUUACGUGGGUAGAGAGAAAAUCCGCUAGUGGAAAACCUCUGAGAGUUUACGUCCAGCCACCGCAAAAACACACGGCAGAAUAUGCAGCAAAUGUAACAAAAAUUGUAUUCGACUUCUUUGAAGAGUACUUUAAUUUGAGCUACUCUCUUCCAAAACUAGAUAAAAUAGCUAUUCCAGAUUUCGGGACAGGUGCUAUGGAGAACUGGGGGCUGAUCACUUACAGAGAAACAAACCUGCUGUAUGAUCCCAACGAGUCAGCCACUUCCAACAAACAGAGAGUAGCUGCUGUGGUAGCCCAUGAGCUCGUUCAUCAGUGGUUUGGAAAUAUUGUGACCAUGGACUGGUGGGAUGACUUGUGGUUAAAUGAAGGAUUUGCCACUUAUUUUGAGUUCCUGGGAGUAAAUGCUGCAGAACCAGCCUGGAAUAUGCUUGAACAGGUUUUAAUUGACGAAGUGCUUCCUGUAAUGAAGGAUGACUCUUUGUUGUCUUCCCACCCAAUUGUGGUCGAUGUGUCAUCUCCAGCUGAAAUCACCUCUGUGUUUGAUGGGAUAUCCUACAGUAAGGGUGCAUCAAUCCUCAGAAUGUUGCAGGACUGGAUUACACCAGACCUCUUCCAGAAAGGCUGUCAGGCAUAUUUGAAGAAACACCGUUUCCAGAAUGCCAAGACACAACAAUUUUGGGAAGCUCUGGAAGCGGCAAGUAAUAAACCUGUGACGGAAGUCAUGGACACAUGGACUAGGCAGAUGGGCUACCCUGUUUUGGAGAUGGGAAGUAAUUCAGUAUUCACACAGAAACGUUUUCUCUUGGAUCCCAAUGCAAAUGCUUCUCAUCCUCCUUCUGAUCUUGGUUACAAAUGGAAUAUACCAGUGAAAUGGACACUUGGGAGUUCGACAAAUUAUACUUUCUACAACGCAUCAGAUUCUGCAGGAAUUAUAAUAACAUUGCCUCCUGAUACUGAUGCAAACGUUAAUCCAGACCACAUUGGAUUUUAUCGGGUGAAUUAUGAUAGUCAAAACUGGGCCAGAUUAAGCACUCUUCUCUUAAUCAACCACACAAAUUUUUCAGCUGCUGACCGCGCAGGGAUUUUGGAUGAUGCCUUUUCUUUAGCAAGGUAA